AUGUAUUUAAACGAGGCAGAAGACGAGAAUGACGGGGCGGGGAAUGACAUGGGCAUGGAGAGAGUGUUUGAGGAGCUCAAUACAUUAAAGGGGACCGUAGAUGCCCUGGAGACACGCCUUAAAGAGACAGUGGACAGUGCUCUGAGCAGAGAGGAGGGGCUAAGAGCGGCAAUGGAUGUGAUGGCAGGAGAAUUCAAAAAGUAUGUGGAUGGAAAGCUACAGCGUUUUGAUGAAGUUGUCACAGACUGUCUAUUACGCAGGGACCAGAGGUGGACGGAGGAAUUAAAAAGGAUCCAAUCGAAGUCCCGGAUGUCCUGGGGACCCGUUAGUUAUUCUACGCCUUCCAUCCCUGCACAUUCUUCACACCGGCGACUAAGCGCAGACGAGACCUGUCCCACAGUACCACCAGCCGCAGCCAGACCCCCCAUUAGAAUGGAGUUUCCUCAGUUCGGAGAGUCGCGAAAUUCUUCUGACGUCACGGACUUUGUUGAGCAGUGUGAGAACUUUUUAACCCUCAGACCACUGAGUGACAUAGAGCUGAUGGGAACGCUCAACACAGUUUUAAAGGGCCCUGCACGCAGUUGGUGGUUGGCCGCCCGCAGUAAAAUCAGCAACUGGACGGACUUUAGGAAGUCCUUCCUAGAGGCGUUCUUACCCAUGGACUAUCAGGCGGAGAUUGAGGAUCAGCUCAGGACCAAUGUGCAGGCCCCAGGCCAAUGCCUGAGAGAUUUUGCGUACGACCAUCGAGCUCUCUGUCUAAAGUGGAGACCAGAUAUGACGGAGGCAGACAUGGUGCGUCGCAUCCUCAAUGCUUGUAACCCUAGGCUGGCUAGCGGGCUGCGAGGCACAGUUACCACCGUUGAACAGCUGGUGAAGGUGGGCUCUCUUAUUGAGAAAGACUGGAGCAACACAAAGGACUAUUGGAGCAGAGUUCAGCAGUCACAUCCUCCUAAAAGGGUGGGCAAAAAGAACGACCAUGGUCCAAACCGGAGCUCCGGUGGCGACGUCGCUACAGCUUUGGGCGAGCCGUCUCUCCUUGUCGUGCCGGUCUACCUUCGCGGUUCCAAAGGCGAUGCGGUACUCGAUUCGGGAUGCACUUACUCCCUCAUGAGCCACUCACUAUGGAAGGCCAUCAAGAAGGACGGAGAGAUUCUAGCGUCGAGUGAAAUCCCAAAGUUCGUAAUGGCCAAUGGUCAAGAGAACAAGGCUCUUGGGAAAGCCACCUUGCUCUUUUGUCUCCACGAUUUCCAUGGCAUGCUCGGAGUCCACGUUCUUGCUGACGACAACCUCUGCAUGCCACUUGCGUGCCACUCUUGGGACUCGACUUUAUGUCCAUGUGCCAAGUAA